GAAGCGGCCGGCGCCGCGGCGAUGCUUCUGGCGCAAGCUCCCCCGCCGUCGCCGCCCCUGCCGUCGGCGGCCAGCUCACCGCCGCGGCGAUGCUACUGGCGCACACUCUGUCCUAGCUGCGUGCCCUCGCACCGGGCCGCCGUCUCGACGGCCGCCGCGGCGAAGGCGGCGGCUCCUUCCCGGGGCGGGCAAUACCACAAGCAGGUGGCGAGCGUGGCGAACCCCCUGGUGAAGCACUGCGUGAAGCUCAGGCUCUCCGCCGCUUACCGCCGGUCCUGCCGCCGCAUUCUCCUCGUCGGCCUUGUCCCCAUCCUGGAGAUGUGUAGGUUUGAGUUGUCAUCCAUCGAUAACUUGCUUCUCUUAGACGGAUUAGAGCUUCCAGAUGAAUUAUACGAGUUCUCUGGCAAUGUCGUGCAUGUUAGUGCCGCUGUGAUGAAGAAAAUUUCUGGGAUGCAGUCAGUUGAUUCAACUGAGGCAAUUGCCAUCAUUCACAUGCCUAAGUAUUUCUGCGACCUUGACAGCGACCAGGGUGGAGCUGUUCUUGAUGAGUUGUUCUGUUCCGCAAAUAGGAUUUUGGUUCUUGAUGGGAUUCAGGACCCUGGUAACCUUGGAACAUUGAUAAGAUCCGCUUGUGCUUUCAGAUGGGAUGGGGUAUUUCUUCUUCCAGCUUGCUGUGAUCCUUUCAAUGAAAAAGCUCUCCGUGCAGCUCGUGGAGCCUCAUUGCAGCUUCCAGUUGUUUCUGGUAACUGGUCUGAUCUGCGUGCUUUGAUGGCUAAAUAUGAUAUAAAGAUGCUGGCUGGUCAUCCAGAAAGCAGCAGUAAUGGAUCUGAACGAACCCACGUUCUAUCUAAAGAACUAGCAGAUUCACUGAGAAGUGAGUCAGUGUGCUUAGUGUUAGGAAGUGAGGGCAAUGGCCUUUCUGUGGAGACCCUUCAAGCCUGUGAGCUUGUAAACAUUCCUAUGGAAGAUAACUUAAUAUGAGUCCAAAGUGAAGGAACACACUGUUAGAGGAAGAUGCUAGUUUACAGGCAAAACAAAAUGGAAUUAAAUAUAUACCCCCUGCACAGUUGACAUGUGGGGUCAUCUAAGGUCACUGACAUGUGGGGACAGGAGGGUAAAUCCUCAAUUCCAAUCUAAAUGAAGGGUAUAUGAUCAAAUUUACAUGUUUUUUUCACAAGGAUUAGUGGAUGGCACUACAUGAAACCUACUAUAUCCAUUCCAAAAUAUAAGCAUUUCUAGGUUGUUUAGCGUAGACUAAGAAUAUAUGAAAAGAUUCCCUUUUAGUCAUUUUAAUGGUCAAUUUUUGAAUUUUAAAUUGAUUAGAUUCCCUUUCUAAGCAUCUAAUUGACUCUGAAAUUAUUGGAAUGAUUGAAAUAGUGGGGAUCAGUGCAGAAAUGUUUAUAUUAUGGUACAAAUUUGAACCCUAGAAAUGCUUACAUUUUGAAAUGGAUAGAGUAUUAAAUGAUGAUGGAAUGAACCGACUAAAGAAUUUUUAAAUGGCCUAAUUGUGCAGAUAACCAAUAUAACUUUGUAUGAUCAUUGCAGUAUGCAUUCAUACUACUGAAGUUCACCAUGCAGUUGAAAUAAAUAGAUAUAAUUUAUGAAAUAUCCACCAUAAAUCACUGCAGCCUUGCCUUUGGCCCUCGAAAAUUCCAGUUAGUAGCAUCAAUCAAAGAUUGUGGUCCUUUAACAAUAUGAACCUUUCGAACAAGCCAGAUUAGUACCCGUGGUCCACAAGGUUAUGUAAAUUAUAUGUGUAUAAUGUUGUUGAUUGUUGCUGAAAUCCUUUUAUGCGAC